CCAAUUUACUUCUGUAUACCAUCAUCGGAGACUUGCUUCCAUAGAAGAAAGUGCCCCUAGAAGAAAUCUAAAAUCCUAAUUUUCAACUGAAAGCCUUAGAUCUGGUCUGAUUAAAGUCUAUGCGUGUUCUCAACUUGUGAUUUGGAGCAUCCCGUUGAUCGGUUUAAGAGAUGCCGGUGGCUGCUUCCGCCAUCUACUUUUUAAAUCUCCGUGGCGAUGUGCUCAUCAAUCGUCUCUACCGUGAUGACGUUGGGGGAAAUAUGGUGGAUGCAUUUAGAAUGCACAUAAUGCAAACAAAGGAACUAGGGACUUGUCCUGUGAGGCAGAUUGGAGGUUGCUCUUUCUUCUAUAUGAGAAUUAGCAAUGUCUACAUUGUCAUUGUUGUCAGUAGCAAUGCCAAUGUAGCAUGUGCUUUCAAGUUUGUUGUUGAGGCAGUUUCUUUAUUCAAAUCUUACUUUGGGGGUGCUUUUGAUGAGGAUGCUAUUCGCAAUAACUUUGUUUUAAUAUAUGAGUUGUUGGAUGAAAUUAUGGACUUUGGUUAUCCACAGAAUCUUUCCCCUGAAAUAUUGAAGCUUUACAUUACUCAGGAAGGUGUAAGGUCACCAUUUUCAUCCAAGCCUACAGAUAAGCCUGUUCCCAAUGCUACUUUACAAGUAACUGGUGCUGUUGGCUGGCGUAGGGAGGGUCUUUCUUAUAAAAAGAAUGAGGUGUUUCUUGACAUUGUGGAAAGUGUAAAUCUUCUUAUGUCUUCAAAAGGUAGUGUACUACGUUGUGAUGUAACUGGAAAAGUACUUAUGAAGUGUUUCCUUUCGGGAAUGCCUGAUUUGAAGUUGGGAUUAAAUGACAAAAUUGGCCUUGAGAAAGAAUCUCAACUUAAGUCACGCCCUACUAAGAGUGGCAAAAGUAUUGAGCUGGAUGAUGUUACUUUCCAUCAAUGCGUAAACUUAACCAGGUUUAAUUCAGAAAAGACAGUCAGCUUUGUCCCUCCUGAUGGCGAAUUUGAACUCAUGAAGUAUCGUAUCACAGAGGGUGUAACACUUCCAUUCAGGGUAUUACCCACAAUCAAAGAAUUGGGAAGGACACGUAUGGAAGUAAAUGUUAAGGUGAAGAGUGUUUUUGGUGCAAAAAUGUUUGCACUUGGAGUUGUAAUUAAGAUUCCAGUACCGAAACAAACAGCAAAAACAAGUUUUCAAGUGACAUCAGGACGUGCAAAGUACAAUGCUUCUAUUGACUGCUUGGUGUGGAAGAUAAGAAAAUUUCCUGGACAAACUGAGCCAACUUUGAGUGCAGAAGUGGAGUUGAUUUCCACAAUUGCAGAAAAGAAGUCAUGGACUAGACCACCGAUUCAGAUGGAGUUUCAGGUUCCUAUGUUCACUGCAUCUGGUCUACGUGUCAGAUUUUUGAAGGUAUGGGAGAAGAGUGGCUAUAAUACGGUUGAGUGGGUUAGAUAUAUUACGAAAGCGGGUUCAUAUGAAAUCAGAUGCUAGACACGAAUGAUGUGAUACUAUAUUUUGUUUAAAUUUAUGUUUGGGAUUAAAAAGUGAAUAUUUGAUUUGAAAUUUGUUUUUGUAAAGGAGUAUUAUUCUCCAUUAGGAAAUAUCGAGCCAUUCUAUGCAAAUUCAUGUUCUUAUGCUAUAUUUCACACACAAGUAUGUGUCAUUUUCGCUGAGAACAAUUUAUGAUUUAUGAUUUUACUUUU